AAAUUUGUAUGCUUUUAAAUCUAUUAUUAUGUUUUUGUGUGCUAAAUUUGUCGUCGUUGCCGGUGAAUUCAGUUGUCAGAUAUUUAAUUUUGAAUAUUUUUUUAUUUUUUAUUUUAUGAUGUUUUAGUUUGAACAUUACAAAAAUAGUCCACUUAUGACUUUUAUUUUGACAAAACAUCUGAGCGAAGCCCCCCCGGAAACGACAUCAGCCUCCACUAGCAACACUGUCAAAGCGUUUACGCCGUUUCAGACCGAAAAUCAAAACAACACAGGACAGUCUUUAGUUUCGGACAACGAAGGGAAUAAUCGUCGUAAUUUAAACUCGAAUUGCAACGCACACGGAUUUCCGCGGGACCUACAGGCGGCCCAAACGCAGAGGAGCGCUAAGGAUGGCGAAUUACCGGGCGUUUCACACCCAGCUAGCGACCAUCAUGGAGACGCUGACUCGUGCGGCGGUGGCAGAAAUUUGCGAGCUUGUGGACGACGGCUACGCGGUUUUACACAUCGAGAUCUCACGCCACCAGAAAGAAAACGAGGAGCUUCGACGGAAACUGCAGCUCAUAGAGUCCAUCGUUGCGGUGCGGGGGUACAGCGACGAGAAAACGGCACCGCGAGAUGGUCGGUGUGAUGGUAACGUUAGUACUCGCGAAUCGCUAGUGGGCAGAAAAACGCCUGGAGGCGGAGAGUCCACCAGCCGGGGUACAAUAGAGAUACGUGAGUUUCGUGAGGACGGAGAUUUGAUCCAAAUGCAGAUCAAAGAGGAAGGUCUUGAGCAGCAGCCGCUGGGAGCAGAUGAUGAUGACGAUGAGGACGAAGGUGAAAGUGUUUCUGCAGUAACUCACGACUCUCCGAAACAAGAUGUUGCCGAACUCUCGGGACAGGAAUCUCACACACUCUCACACUCCCCUGACCAUGACACACACUCUCACACACUCACGUUUGCAGACACACACUCCGGCGCUGACGAGUCCCAGCACUCCAGCAUCGACUUGGCCGCUUCCGAUAACGCUUCUUUCUCCCUCGCGCAAACCUCGUCAGACACCCAAGCUUCUCAAGUCCCUCGAGUGUUUCAGGAAGACUUGUGCAUGAAGGCUGAUAUGGAUCCGGUAUCCGAUUGGGCCACACACUCUGUCCGUAACACGCUCACACACUUGCAGACCUCUCCACAAAGCGUUGGCGGGUCAGACUCUCUCGUAUCCCAUAACUCUCCCUUGUUUGCCGCACAGAGGCUCGUUGCUCUGGGUAACGUCUCAGGGCUGGGUCUCUACGGCCGCUUGGGCGCUUUACGGACCGGUGGAGCCGGCAAACGACACUUCAUCUGCUCGAUCUGCGGGAAGAGUUUCACCACGUCGCAGAGUUUGGACACACACAUGCGCAUUCACACUGGAGAACGGCCGUACCGCUGUGAGCAGUGCGGGAAGCGUUUCACACAGUCCGGACACCUCACGGCUCACCAGACCGUUCACACUGGAGAAAGACCGUACGAAUGCACACGCUGUGGAAAAAGAUUUGCCGGGAAACAGUACCUCCGCAUACACACCAAGAAACACCACCCUGACUUGCAUAUGCUCUCUCAUAUACAGACUCACACACAGCAAGAAACACUACCCUGAAAGAUACACAGAGAAUGCAGGACAUCAUUUUUGAUGUUUGUUUACUGGUUUUAAAAUAUUUUAUAUAUACUGUUGUGUUUUGCAAGCGUCCUGCAACCACUGAGAAGAGUUUAAAAUAAGACGUUCAGUGUAAAUUUGCAGUGUUCAGGCACUUAUUUUAACAGUUUUUUUUUUUUUUGCAAAAACUAAAGCAGUGAGAUGCAUUAUACAUUAUGUGUACGUACUGCAGGGAGACCGUAUGAAAGCCAACGUUAGAAAGCUGGUGUGAGCACAUCCAAACUCUGAUACCUUCAACAUGACACUCAGUUUCACCUGAAUAGCAAAUGUACGUAAAAUGUACAGGAUAAUGUGUUGUUUAAAGAGUUUGUUAUGAUCUAAAUUAGAUAUAAUUAUAGAUUAUAUGUUUAUAUUUGCAGCUAGUCACGGCAGAAACACUAACUGGAUUUGUCUGUGUUGUAUUUAAUAGAAAUAAACGGUUAAAUGAAGAAUUUUGUCUUUAAGUCUUUUAUGACUUUUAUCAAGGUUGUAGAUGUGAUGGAAAAGAAACUAAUUAUUCUGUGUAAAAUGAUACUGAUACUAUUGUUAUGUUACUAC